CACCUGAGGAUUUCAGGUGGCAGUCGCCCUGCUGAGUUGUUCAGCGACGGGUAUAUCUCUCGAGCACUCUGCGAUCCACAAAAUUCCUGCGAGUUCUCGGUUGAGUUCUCGUUCCUCUCUGCCUACAAUUUUAUCAUGCCGGAGUCUCACACUCGUUCUGACACGUGCAAUACCGAAUCGUCCGAGAUACACGCGUUUUUCACGGUCAGUUCAACACAUCUAUUUAUUACCGAUGAUUUCCUCUUGGCAUCUUCCAAUUCUCUUACAAUUAGAAGCAUUUCUUCCGAAGCAGAUCAUUAUCUAGUAGCACAGUCGUUGAAUUUUAAUUUCGUAUAAUUAUCAAGGGGAAAAUAAUCGCAACAGAUCGUAAGAAAGUAACGAAAAUGAUGGAUCGAGCAAUUUGUUAAUUUUUGUGGUUGUUGAAAUAUUGACGUAAAAUGAUUAAACACUGUAUGAAAUAUAUGUUCGCAUUGGGUCAAAAGAAAGUGAACGUUUCGAAGAGUGACAACAAAAAUUUGUAUUUCACAGAUACUUGAUAUCGAAAACCUUGCCCGUACGAUUCUCAUGGGCAAAUCAUUACUGUUUUACAACGUGAGCUGAUUAGAUAAUAAAAUGUUUACAAAUAAAAACUCGUCAAACCUCUUUUGAUGAUCGAGGUGUCAAAACGACCGUGUCUUCGCGCGCGGCCGAAGUUCGAACGAACGUCAUCAUUCAUUGGUGUAAACUUAUGGUACAAUGAAACAAAGUGGUUAUUGAAACUAAAUAAAAUAUUUAUAUAUAAAGUAACGUGUAGUGUCAUGGCGGUGAAGUGCGGUACAUAAUAAGUUAUUGAUUAAAUUGACAAAUACAUAUCAGUGUGUAACGAAACUGCAAUAGACGCAAGAUAAGUGUGUAAAAAUCGAACAUUGUUGUUCCAUGUUAAAUAUGCAGCAGUGCAGCGGGAAAUGAAGAAAAAAAAAAAAUUCGUCAUAUUGUGUACAAAAAGGUCGCACGAAAUUUUUAACGGAAUAUUUCGCAAAGUUGCUGUAAAAAUCGAUUAUUUUUGCAACCACGCUGCAAUAAACGGAUCGCAAGUAUCAAUCUAAAGACAUCGCGCUAUGCCGGCUAUGUCGGACAUCAACAGUCCGAGAAUUAUUCCUCUAAUAAUUGAUUUCUAUUUAUAACGAAACGCCGCGAGACGUUUGACAAACUGAUUACCUCAUCAUGUGGACGCGUACUUAAUGAAAAUCAGUGUAUUCGAGUGCAACGUGCACGUUCAAGUUCGACGAAAUGAAGUUGAAUCUUGACUGACGUGUACAUACAUUCACUUGAGACGAAGAACAUUCAGCCAAUAAAACGCGACAUUGUUAUAGAGAAGAGUUGAAACGCUCGGGAUGAUCUUUUGAACUGUUUUAUACCGGCUGAGAAGAGUAUCGGAUAAGUAGCGUUAUACUAUCGCGAGUUGGAGCAUGAUGGGAGAAGUGAUCAGAGUUUCUGGGAGAGCACCGAAUGUCGGCGAGUUCCUCAAGGAGGCGAUGCUGUCCCAAAGAUUCGCCGACGUGGCUCUCUGUUGUCCUGGCGGACAAAGGUUUCUGGCGCAUCGUUUGGUUCUCUCUGCGGCCAGCCCUUAUUUGCAGGAAGUAUUGCUGGCGCAUAGUAGAACGUCGACGCAUUGCGAGCCGAUCACGGUGAUCCUGGCCGGAGUGGAGGCGCCAGAGUUGGCGGCGAUCCUCGGCUUCGUGUACACAGGAAGCGCGACGGUGCCACGUCCUCGUUUGGACGCGUUCCUGCAUGCCGCCGAGGCCCUCCACAUCAGGCUUCCGCCGGUGCCAGUCGUGAUGACUUGCACGCAGCCCGACUGCAAGCAAGAAGACAUCGAGGACGUGAAGAUCAGCCCCAAGUACCUGCAGUGCGAUCAGUAUCCGUGCUGCGAGCGCUGGUACCAUUCGCGCAGGAAUCAAGAUGGAGAUCCCGCGAGCAAGGUGGAACCCUAUCCGGCGAUCGAGUCCUUGGCAAACGCGAGAGAAAUCAGACCGCUUCCUGAAUCGAUGAACUUUACCGGGCCGAGAUACGGGCCAGGCAGAUAUUGCUCUACAACCUGGCCCGUUCCUCCUUUCGCGAGCGCCGCUCAGGAAAAGAUCGCGCACAGCAGCGUGGAUCAGCGCGUAGAUAAGGACGUCAGACGGUAUCAUCCGAUCUCCGUAAUGCCUGGAAUCGAUAGCAUUAGCGACACGGCGAGUGGACACGCGGAGAAUUCGUUCGUUGGCUGCGACUCCACGGAGGCGACUUGCCAGCGGGAAUUCUGCUUCACCAGCAGCCUGUACGACCUUUGUAACAGGCAGUUGGAUCCACUCGAGGCAAGAACGAGGGAGGACCGGAAUCGUUUCCAGGCUACGAACGAAGAGGAAGCUCUAGGGAAGGAUCUAUCCGCCUGUGGUGGCUGUCACGAUCAGGAGAUCCCCGGAGGACGUCUUAGCGUGAUUCAUCCUCGAGUCAGCCCCUGUCAGGGUAAAACCGUGGCUCUACAGCUACCGGAACGUGGCGGAUCGUGCGAGAAGUCGUACCCUGGCGAGGAUUUGACUUGCCGUGGAAGCUGUUUCGUUUGGAAAUCACCGAGGAGGCAGGUGGCCAACAGAGUCACAGCCUCGCCGUGGAAGCAAACUAUCAGGCCCUAUCAUUUGCCCAAGUUACAGCCGAUAGUGCUUCAGCCUCACGUCGACGAUGCUAGAACCGGGGAAAGUCAACGAGCGGUGGAAGCCACGCGACCUCCAGCGAUCUCCACGAGUCCCAGUCGACAAUCCUUCAAAAAUGUCACGCCUGCGGACCGUUACUACGACGUCGAAGUUCCUACUGUUCACGAAGUGACGCACGAUAACGAUAAGAAACUAUUGGAACCGAGUUCCACAUUGGUGCCGAGGCCUCGAGAGUUUUAUCCGCCUCAAGUUCCAUCGUCGUCGACGAUCGCGCAAAUCUCGUCACCGUUGUCGAGCAACGACGUUGUCAGGAACAACGAGAUACAAUCUCAAAACGUAAUAUCCACGGCGACGAAAUCGUUAUCGAGCGCUACGGAGAAUAAUCAGUCGAACGUGAACCGAAAGGAUGGCUAUUUCGGGCAAACGUUGUCACAGUCGCCGCAGAAGCUGGAGAUUUCCCAUCCCGUUAGCAGACUGUGCGACACGAUCGAGUCAAUUGGCAAAAUCGAUCGUUCAACCAGCGUGGAAGCCGAGAAGCCGGAGAACGAGGCAAGGAUCGACGAUAAACUGGCUGAGAGAGUCAUUGUCAACAGUGAUAACAAUAAUAACGACGCGGAGGUCAAUCAGGAUGGCGUGCAACGUGGCAAAGCAGCGCCGGAGAAUCAUAGGUGCGAUCAGUGUGGCAAGACUUUCGUUACCAAAGCCUCCUUGAAGGUGCACGUUAGAACGCACUCAGGGGAGAAGCCGUUUCGUUGCACCGACUGCGGCAAGCAAUUCUCCCAGUUGCGAAAUUACAAGUACCACCGUAGCGUCCACGAGGGCACGAGGGAAUUCGCGGCCACCUGUCCAGAAUGCGGCAAGUACUUCAACGACCGCGGCUAUCUGAGCUCUCAUAUGAAGAUCCACCGUAACCGGAAGGAGUACGGCUGCGCGGAAUGCGGCAAGAGUUUCAAUCAGCGGGUCGCCUACAACAUGCACGUGCGGAUCCACACCGGCGUGAAGCCGCACCAGUGCGAACAGUGCGGGAAAGCGUUUUCCAGGAAGAUGCUGCUGAAGCAGCAUCUUAGAACUCAUUCGGGGGAACGGCCGUAUCAGUGCCAGGUUUGCCAGAAAGCUUUCGCCGACAGAUCGAACAUGACGUUGCACACGAGAUUACAUUCCGGAUUAAAGCCUUACCAGUGCACGCUGUGCUCGAAGGCGUUCACGAAGAAGCAUCAUCUGAAGACUCAUUUGAAUUACCACACCGGCACCAAACCGUACUCCUGCCCGAAUUGUGGAUUGAGAUUCUCGCAAAGCAGCAACAUGAGAACGCACUUCAAGAAGUGUACCGUUAACAAUCCGUCGGAGGGGAAGGACUCGCAGUCGGAGGGCACCGUGAACGACACGUCGAAGAUCGUACAAGCGAGAACGAUCUCGAGAACACCUACGGACACGCUAACGCCGCCGAAUUCCGACCAGGAAUUGAGCAUAUUGACGCCGAUCUCGAAGAGCAACGGGUUAGAAGGGAACGGAAUGGGGACCUAGCGAGAGCAAGGAUUACAUCAAUCAAAUCCGUCCGCACGAGCGUCGAGUACAUAUUUAAAGAGGGUAUCUCUUUGAUCGUUAAUGCGGUGCUCUUACCGAUCGUUAGUCGGGAACGAAGUAAAUCCACGUGACGAAUCGAGCAUCUGACGAGGUCACGCGAUGAAAUUAGCCACGUGAUGCGGCGGCUACGUAGCUGACAAGCUGAUAACGCGAAAUUUACACGUUCUGCAGGACUGACGUGGAGAAUUCAUCGUUUGCGUCAGAGAUGCUUUUUGCCCGGCUGCUGCGUUUUUUAGAUAAACGGUUGAAACGAUAAUGCACACGGCCAGGCAAUCCGAUGGAUAAAUCGAUCGGGUUGCCGGUGCCCGCAAAUCGGUAAUCGAACGGUAGAAAGUAUUGGAUUCAUUUGAAAGUAGCACUGUCAGUUGGUAAUCCGAGAGCUACCAUAACAGUACGAACGGCCGCCUUUUCCUAGAAAUUGUCGUUUUACGGUAGGACGUAUCUGAUUCAGCCCGCAAAUCAUUACGUCAAUCCUGAAUCCCUCUUUUUCUCCUUCUUCUUUUUGGCGUACUUUUCUUCUCUCUGACUUUUACAGUCGCAAAACGAAUUACGUUCGUGGAAUUAAUUCACAGUUGAGGAAGAGAGGGAGUAUAAAAAAUUGUUUAUCUCUGUUCGCUGUCGUGAGAGAGAGUAUCCUUUUGCACGAAUGUGUGGUGUAUAAUGUAAUAUAAAUACGAGCAUGAUGUAUAUUUACUGUGUAAAAAAUAUACGACAAUAAAAUCGAGCCUGAGAACGGUGAACUGAAGUAAUCAAAA